AUGGACGAGCAGGCAAACGACAGAGAACAGCGGGGCCACGUCGAUCCAAGUAAGGCAAAGGGUGAGCAAGUACAGGUAGACAUGGUGGUCGCGAGCAACAACGUCUCGCAGAGACACAGAAGAAGGAUCGCCUCGAUCAAACGACAUGUGCUCCGCCAAACUGCGUCAGUUACCACACCUCCUUGCAACGACGCAUCCGCAGAUACGAACCUACUCGCUUCUUCCUGCACGAAACCUCAGGUGGCUCUCCCUGCAAAACCGUCCAGAAGCCAAAAAGCCAAACAGCGCAAGGCCCGUAUCGCCAAUCCAGCCCCAUCUCGCCCUACCCCAUCCACGACUGGCGUUCGCCAUGCCAGCCAAGCACGCCUGCCCGAACCUCGCUCCACCAACAGCUUAAUUAGCCUCUCCGAUCCGUCCAUCAAACCACCACCUCAACCCGAGCUCGACACUCGACGCCAAACCAAGUACCCCAAACCACCACGUCCGCUCCUCCCCCACUUCAACGACCGCCUCCAAGGCUCACCCUGGGACAACCCCAUCACACGUCUCUCCGACCUCAUCCACAACCCUGCGUCCCAGCCACCUCGGCCAAACUCAUCCAACAACACAGUCCAUGCAUCAUACGCAUCUCACGCGUUCCACUUCUGGCAAACAGCCGCACGAUCCAGAGGCGAUCAUCUGCUGAUCACCGGCGUCGGCAAAAAUGGCGCGCUUGGUUCCACUAUUCCCUGA